AUGGAUAUAUCUGAGGAAUUGCAGAUAGAUGUUACUGCUGUAAAAAAGAAAAUAGAUAGUUUACGUACAUCAUUCAGAAGAGAGUGUAUUACCGGAAUGAGUAAUGAUGAAGUUUACCAUUCUAAGUGGUUUGCAUUUAAGUCCAUGCAGUUCUUAAACAAACAAGUUGAGCACAGAAAAAGAAAAAAAAAUAUUGCUAGUGUAUGUAUAAACUAUUUAUUUAAAGUUAUAUAUGCAUGUAUUAUAAAUAAAUGCAAGAAAAAAAAGUAUUUAUUUAUUAAUGAUAUAAAUAAUGGAUUACAUAAUUUAAAAUUGCCAAUACAAUAUCUAUAUUAGUUAACAAUUUUUUGACUGAUAUUUUAUUAUUAGCUAUAUAAUAUAAACAUAUAAUGCAUCUAGUCUCAUAGUAAUUUACAUCAAAAUGGAACAAGUAAAAUAUAAUAUAAAAAUAAAAUAUAUGUAUAAAUAUUUAAUAUAUUUUUUAUUUUGAUUUUAGCCACUAAAAUCUGUAUCACAAGAUAACCAAGAAGAUCCACAAGUGGAUGAAGCAUGUAAAGUAUUUAAAAUAAUUGCUGAAAAUAAAAAUGCUUUAACAGAAAAAAAUGAGUGUAUUUUAUUUGGAGAAUAUGUUACUACACAAUUGAAACAAUUUGACAGUCAUACUCGAGCUAUGGCUAAGUACCUUAUUCAAAAUACAUUAUUUGAGGCCGAAAUGGACAAAUUAUAA